UUAUUAAAAUAAAGUGGUGCAUACAAAAUUAUCAUUCUCAUGUAAAACUUUCUUUCAUAAUUUGUAUAAUACAUGUGGUACACAAACAGUAUUUUCAGACCGUAAAACCAAAUUUUUUACGCAUAUAAGUAUGUUAAAUAGACGAGGCUCUGUCGAUUGGCAGCUUCAUUAAGCCCAUCAUGAAAUUGUAUAAAUUAAUCUAGUAGAAAAAAUAUAAAAUUUUAUUUCUAUUUUAGUAUAAAAAAAAUUACUUGGCAAUGUCUAACAUGUCAGUUUUACACCUAGUCUUCAUAAACUUGAAAGAAGCUUGAUACGCCGAGCUGCGCUAGGUUCAUGGUUGUAAUUCUUCGUAGAACUCGUACUUUCAAUAAAAUUAUAAUUUUGUUAAUUAGUUAUUAGUUUUGUUCAUACAUUCUUUAAAAGAAGUUAUUACUAUUGACGGACAUUAUAUGUAUAUCAACCGUUAUGGCUAAAAGACUAGUAGUCAACUCUAAACUGUCAUUAUUUUACGGACGCUUAAAUGUUGCCAAAUUAACUUUUCAAAUAACGAGAAUUCAAUAGAAAAAAAAGAAUACUAACAAAAUAAACACAAAUUAUGUGCCCGUCGUUUACUUGAGCUAUAAUUUAGAUAUUGCACUUUUCUGAUCGAUAUGUUCAAAACAGAUAUAAUAAAAUAGUAUUUUUAUUAGUGUAUGUCGCUGCGGAGUGGCAUGGCGGGUGGAGGAAUUAUCUUGUGACCCACCAAUUUAAGUGAUGUAAGUAUUUUGUGUAACAGUUAAAAUUAUUAUACUAUGACCUAAUAGAUGUAUUGACGGUGUUCUGGCUUCUGCUCACAUAACUUAUAGUUUGCAUUUUGAGACUGUGAAGUAAGGAAUAUGCACUUUUAUAAUACUUUUUACUCUUUGCAUGCUUGCUACUGGCAGUUAGAGUUGUUAUUCUCUCUUACUCUUAUUUUUUUCUCUUUCUUUGACAAGCUGCGGUCCCUUACUUUAUAUUAUGUUAAUUUUAAUUUUAAUUGAUGUACGGUAAUAUAUAUAACUUGGCUUAUUCUUUAUAAUAUUAUUAAUUGUUUGCUUAGUAUCCACUUAUUUGAUUUAAUAGAAUCUCGAACAGUGGCGAUGAAAAAACACGGCACCUCGGUCAAAGUUAAAUUCCGGGCAACAUUAUUCGCGCGUAGUUUACAAAAAUCAAAAUAAAAAGUCAGCUGGCAUGUGUGAACUGAGGUUAUCAUUUGGGCUAAAGUGUUAUUUAUUUGCUCUAUAUUUAUUUUUAAAGUAAACUAGCUAUAAAAAUGGCUGGAGAUCCAUGCAACGUGUGUGGAAGCAAAGACUUGAAUUUAAUUGACGGCUAUUACUACUGUAUUGAGUGUGGAACUCAGGAUACUAAUGUGCGGGAAACAGUGAUAGAGAAGCAAUUUCUCGCCGAUGGCACGCUGGCGUUGGUCAACAAGAAGAAAAUUGUGCUUAAGGAGAAGAAACUACAGAUGUCAGGAGAAUGGUACAAAUGGCACACAUUCAACUUCAUCCUGCAUGGUUUAGCUGAUGAGAUGAUAGCACUCGGAGCUGAAGCUAGCUUUAAAACAAAACUCUUCUGGAUCUGGACUGAAUAUGUUAAAAAGUUUCAGAAUAAGGAGGAUAUAGGGUUAUCCCAGAAAGACAAUGAAAUUACAAUAUUUACAGAAGAUGUAGAAAAAGAUGUGGACAAGACUGAUGAUCUUGAUUGGCAGAAGUCAAAGAAAAAACAUAAUAGCAGAUCUCCAAGUGAUAUAAGUACUAUAACAUCAGGGUUACUGGUGGCCAUGUUGUACACAGCAUUGAAUUUAGACAAAAGUCCUAUCCAAAUCUCGCAUUUAUACAGGUUCAUAGAUGAGGGUAGGUUAAUAAUGAAUAACUUCGAUAGACACAUACCUGAAGAUGUUAAUGCAGCAUCUAUAUCUGACUGGACUAAGUUUCUCAUGAGCUGUGGCCCACGGAGAAAAAUAGGUUUCAUAAGAUGCCGUUGUUUGUCAUUAGCACUAUUAAAAAAACUAGAUUUAGGGCCGCCUAUAGUUCCUGAUAUAAAGAAAAUAAUAGAUAAUUAUACGACAGAGUUAUGUCUCCCAACAGAGUUCAAAAACCUUGUGUUCUCGCUCAUGUAUCUCUGGCCAUGUGAUUACUUAGAUUUAGACAGUAGAAGUCUAAAGGCCGCAGUAAAAAUGCCUGACUAUGAAGGUACUGCAAUGGCUUACAUAGUUGUUGCUUUGAAAAUGUGUUUUGGUUUAGAUGAUGACUAUGAAUACAAAUUGUCAGAUAUUGUAGAUAAGAUUAAUGAAAUGGAAAAGUUUUCGAAAUGUUACAAAAUAGGUUUUACUCCAGAACCAACUGGCAGGAUAUUUUCGUUUAGAGAAUGGAUUAUUUAUUUACAGUUUAGGAGGAAAAAGCUUAUCAAACACAGACUGAUCAGCUCAGAUGAUGAACAUUAUUUGGAUGUUGAUGAUUACAUUUACAUGGAAUAUUUAACUGAGAGACAGAAAAAGGGAACUAUUACUAUGACUGACGAAUUAUCUAUGGAUAUAGUAAAUAAAUUAGAUUUAGGUAAAGAGAUUGAUGUCAUACCAAAGAAUUCUUUUCCCCCUACAUUUACCCCUUUAACCACAUACACAGAAGUUCUCUCUGAACACUGCAGACAUACAAAAGAUGUAGAAAUGUUGAGUGAAGAUUUUACGCAGUAUUCUCUUAAAUAUGCAUGCGAAAGUCUGUGUCUCUCAGCACUAGAUAAUGAUGAGAAUGUAGUCAAAGGAGUCACUGACCAAGGAAAAAUAAUUAGUGAUGCUGAAGUUAUGUGUGGCUAUUUAAAUGGUAUAAAAAAUAAUAGGAACGUAAAUAUGGUUUAUGUUAUGAAUUGCCAAAAUAAAAAUUGGUUAAAAACAAAUAAACCUACUAUCGACCAUGUUAUUAUUGAUUCAAAAGAAAAAAGUAAUGCUGAGGAAAUUAAUGAUGAAAGUGAUCUUGGUUAUGAUUCGAAUUUACCAAGCACACCUAGUGACAAAGAUGUGCCGACAGAGGUAGGUGAUGAAGAACCUAUCAGAAUUCUUGACACAAUACAGGAAGAAGAUGAAGACAAAAACAUAUUUGAUGAUGCAUUUGAAAAUAUCCAAGAAAAAGACGAAUCUGAUGUGCUAGCUGAAGCUGAUCAUGAUCUUGAUAAUGGUGACAGAGCUGAUUAUCACGAUAAUCAAAAUAAUUUAAGUGAUGAUGAAGACAGAAAAAGUGUUUCUAGUACAGAAACCUUUGAAUUUAAUCCAGAAACUUUUAACAGGGAGAGAGCAACCAAAGAACUAAUACUACGUGCUUGUAAGAAAUACAAAAUACCAAUUCCUAAAGAAUAUAGGACUACUGAGCCAAGAAAAAGAAAACGUGAUAAUCCAGACGAGGCGGAACAUGUACAAAGAAAGCAUAUGAAAACUGGAAAACGAGGAGAAGUUAAAGAUAAAGUAAACCAAUUACUUCAAGCCUACUACAAUCACCUAGAAAAGGAUGUUUUAAAUCAGGUCUCACAUCAAUUGAGCAUGUUAAUGCACAACAUGAAUCAAACUAAACAAGAAGAUAAUUCUGAUAAUGCAGAUUAUCUUAAUCAAACCGAACCAAACAAUUCUACUAUUCCAAAUUACUCUAAUGUCUCGGAAAUCAGUGCGAUAGCACCAGAAUCUAGCCAAGUUAAUAUAACCAAUUUAGAAGAAGGCGAAGGGAAUGUAGAGUCUACAUUAUUUAAUGAUGAUAGCGAUUGUGAAAAUGUUGAAGAUCUCACAAUAACAAAUGAUCCAAAAUUUGACGAAGCAAAAUAUGAUGUUAAUCAAUUAUAUAUAAAGAUGGACGAUGCAGAGCCAGAAGAUAUAUACGAGUCGCUACGUGACCCGGAGCUAGAUAAAAUUAUCGAGAAGAAGAUCGAAGAGUGUCGAGAAGCUGAAAUAACAAUUAAAGCAAAGGAUCGACGUCCUGCAUGUAGUGACUCUGAAGAUGAAAUUCCUUUGAGUGUAUUAAAAGAUGACAAAGUAGCAUAUUAUAAGAAAUUCAAUGAGAAAUUGAAACCUUUGAUUACAAAUGAUAUUCCUGAUUUUAAAUAUUGGGUUAAACGUUACAAUACAGUUUAUAUGGCGAGAGAGCAAAAUGUUCAUGAAAAAUUUGACUCAGAGAUAGCAGAGACCAUGCCAAAAUCAUUUAGUUUUUUACUCAGAGAGUGUGCUACUAUAGCCGGUUGUACACAGUUUAUUAUUUAUAAAUGUAUGCAAAACAUAGAAAAGAAUUUAGUUUUUUGCGCCAACUCAAGUCCAGACGAAUAGUUCUUAAAGAAUAAUGUCAUAAAAAUUUAAAAUAAAUUAAGAUUUCGCAAAAGCGAGAGUCAUCAAGAAGCUUGAAAUUUUUUUUUCCGGAGAAUGUAAUAUAUCCCGAUAGCAGUAAAUAAUCUAAACCCGCCCAUAGAGAAUAACUUCAGCGGCCUUGUACGUCUACUGUCAAGCUAGUAUCGUCCUUGAAAUCUUUUCUCGUCAUCCUGAGAGCGAGAAUUAAGAUAAGCGUCUUAUUGGCUUCUACCUGAAGAGAUGUGUCAAAUAUGGCGAAUGCGCGACCCUCGCAUACAAUUAUUGUAAUUAUCCGCGCGCAUCAUACUUGAUGGUACACAAAUCACAACUCAUACGCAGCCUGUUAUUCAAUUUGCUACUCAAACACUAUGUUAUGGGGACUUUAUUAUAUUCAAUUCAGUUACGCUCUGAAAGGCAAUGUCAGCUGAAUCAUAGUCGAGUUAAAAUCAGCAUCUUAAGAUCGGCACUGUAAAAUAAACACGUUUUGUUAACGUUACGUGAAAUCCUGAUCCCGGUAACCGGUACGUAUUUAUUGUAUUUCGAAUGCUGAGUAAGUUAUUAAACGGCGCCAGUCAGUCGCCGUCGGCUGGCAACACCUCUUGAAAUAACAGCUCAAGUUUUGUUUUGCUCAUAUAAAUAUAAAUUCAGAGGUGAGAGUGGUUAAUUAAGAGUGGUUGUACAAUAAUAUACGUGCAUUGCGACUCGGAAAAACAUGCGCAAUCCUCAGAUUCGGACUCUUAAUUACAUAUUUAAAAGUGUCUUACUAUUCCAAGUGAUAAGUAUUUAAUUACAGAAUUAUAGUGUUAUAAAUCCACAAUUAGAAAUAAGUUAUUAGUUAAAUCAGAAUCUAGCAUAAUUGACAUUUAGAAAUUUAAUUUGUGAUACCUAAACGUAUUUCUUGUGGGUCUCGAUGUUCAAGUAAUUCAGAUCUUGAAUUAUGCUUAGAAAUAUUAUAUUGUUUUACAUACUGUUAAGUAUAUUUAUACAUAUUAAAUAGCUUAUAAGUUGAGUCAUCUCAAGUUUGUUUACGUUCGUGAUAUUCUUGUAUUAUUAUUAUGCCCAAAUAUUUAAGCUUAUUUAUGUAAUUUUUUUAUUUUGGUUAUAAUUGGUAACGAUUUUGUCACUUGUCCAUAAUGGAUUACAGCCGCCUAUAUUUUAACUAUAGCGUAUGGUUUAUUAGAUGUGAUAUCUUAAGUUAUUUUGUUGCGUUUUUACCUGUUUGUUUGAGUUAUGACGUCAAUGUCUGUGAUAUAAAUUUCUGCGAGUUCGUGUCGACAUAGCUAGAACUAAAUUCCUUCUCAAAACGUGUGUUUGUGCUUUUAAAUCGAUGUUUAUUUUAAUCCAGCUAUACUAAAACUGCGACUCGUUGAGCUUUUGCGUGCCGUGUGCUGUUCGCCGAGGUUUUGCAAACUAAUGAAACAUUUCCUAAGAUGACUUUGGUUGUAUGCUAAUCUUAUGAAAAUAUAAUGAUUCAAUUAAUUAAAAUAAAUUCUACAUUACAUUUGCGUUUUUAGUCAUUUACUUACAGUAAAUGAAUUUAAGUUGUGGCUCGAAGUAACACAACUAAGACGCCUUUGUGGUCAUUAUAAAAAAGGUAAUUAUGUUUGUUAUUUAAACGGCAUCAUUGCGGUCUUAGGUUCGAACUUGACAUCGGUCAAUAAAAAUGAGAGUUCAUUAUAAAACACGUAAUGAACUAUUUGUUUGUUAUUCCUCAAAAUGUGCUACCAAAAACGACCAACCGUUUUUGGUCCUUCGACCUCAUAUUCCUAAAAAUAAAUAUGAGUGCAUUCAAUAUUAUUAUGUUAAUUCUAGACAUGGAACAAUUGGUUUUCUCAUUUUAUAUUUUUUAUAUUCUUAGUUUUAAGAAUAUUAUAACUUAAUGUCAUUAUGUUGUCUGUUAGUUAGUAAGAAAAAUAAACAUUUAUGUUAUUAAA